UCACCACAUUAUCGGCACAACUUAGAAUUUCCCUCAUUUAGAACGCAACUUAGCCUAACUCGCACACGACCAUAGAAAGAUUUUCUCACGCUCCAAUACCACAUCAAAAAGAAACUAAGAUAAAGAUUUGUUUAAUCUCAUCAGAUGUAAUCUAUUCGUAGAGCUUUCGUAUUAUAAAUGAGCUUCAACUUAAGAUAUAAAAUAACAAAAGUUCUGGACUUUCUAUACUCUCGUAUAGGUCAUAAAAUCACAUCUUCUCUGAAAUAAAUAACAGUAAUUAUAAAGUAAUUAAUUGAUAAGAUAAUAUAAAAAAAUUUUUCCAAGAUUUUUAUAUAAAAACUCGUUACUCAAGUCCAUUUGUAGUAAUUUUGUUAAAAUGUCCAAAAAGAACUAUAGCAUCAUAAUAAUUUCUUUAUUCGUUGCUUGCACAGUUAUAAGAGCCAAUUCGCACAACUAUAGUCCGGGUGGUUUACCAACAAGCUGUGCUGAAGUAUUAAUACAUUUUAAAAACGGCAUUUAUCAACUUCAUUUACCUAAAUCAGGACUUAAGCCAUUUUACGUAUACUGCUUAAAAGAUCCAAACAAUGGUCCAGGUUGGACAAUUGUCAGCAGACGUCAAGAUGGAUCUAUAAAUUUCAAUCGUAAUUGGAUUGAUUAUAAAGUCGGUUUUGGUAAUCUGGAAGGUGAAUACUUUAUUGGAUUGGAGAAGUUACAUGCAUUGACAAAUAACGGUGUUCAGGAAUUAUGGUUUCAGUUGGAAGAUUUUGAAAAUGAAACCCGUUCGGCAUUUUACAGCAGUUUUGCUAUUGAUGAUGAGAGUUCGAAAUACUCAUUAAAUAUGGUUGGUAAAUAUUCUGGCAAUGCAGGAGAAUCUUUUAUUGUUCACGCUGGUGCAAAGUUUUCAACAAAAGAUAAUGAUAAUGAUGAUUGGGAUAGACAUUGUGCGGAUAACUAUAACGGCCCCUGGUGGCAUAAAGCCUGUCAUCAAAGCAAUGUGUUUGGACGGUACUUACGUGGAUCGUACGGACACGAUCAAUACGCACAAGGUAUUAACUGGUUUAAAUGGCACGGCUUUCACUAUUCACUCAAAUACACUCACAUGGCAAUACGCCCUGUUCGCAUAUAAAUUUAUUGGCCAUGCGAGUGGAACAGAUGUUAA